GACGCAGCUCGGUGGCCUGAUCUUUCGCUCUCCCCCCAGGGUGAUGUCUUACCCUUUACCAAGGAAGAAACAGGUUCAGGGUGUGAAGCCCCGGACCAGGGUGACACGGGGCUGUAGGGAAGGAGGCCCGGGAGGACCGGAGCCCUCAGGAUAAGAGACCGGCUGGAGAGGUGAGGAGGCCGGAGUUCACCUGCCCACCCAGGCAGGCACGCGGAACGCCCACAGCCACCCUGCAGGGGGUGGCCCUAGUGCCCCCAUUCACAGAUGGGUAAACUGAAAUUCCUGGAGGCCCGAGGGCACACAGCCAGUAAGUGGUGAAGCCAGAUGGCAAGGCCUGGGCAGGACUUCCCUGUCUUGGCCGUUACCCCUCCUGCUUGUUCACUUGGCAGUGAAUCCAUAUCUGGGAGCCUGUGUGAUGCUUGGGGAUUAUCUCAUGCUGGAUGCACAGCAGUGCACUGUGGUGACCCCCAUUCAGCAAUCUGAAGAAUAUGUGAGCCUGGGGUCAGACACGCAGGGGGACUGGGGAACAAAGUCCCCCAGAGAGCCCCCCUACAAUGAAGGUGGCCCCGCAAGUAGUGAGCACACUAUCCCUGGGCCAACAAGCAGCAGUGGACUGAAGGGCCUUUCUGCACCAGAAGCUGCUUCCUUCCCUGAGUCUCUCCACUGUGGGCCCUACCAGUCCCUUCUGAAACCCCGCCAGCCCAUUUGUCCAAUUCUGCCUCUGGCAGGUAUAGCCUGAGUCCAUCUUCACUGUAGUAUGAGUUGUUUACACCUGUGAUGUUUACUGGGCCCCAAGUCCUGGUGCUUCACUUCCUAACUCUUGUGAAGCCAGGCAUAGUGGUGCACGCCUGACAUCUCAGCACUUGGGAGGUUGAGCUGGAGGAUCACCACAAGUUUGAGGCCAGCCUAUAUCAAAAAAUCAUAAUCUUUUUGCCAUGUACUGGGCAGGUAAUACCAUUCUUCACAUUUAUAGGUGAAGACACUCAUGUGCCCAAGGUCACACUAGCAGUGGGGGAAAAGACAUCUAAAACCACUGUCGCAGCCUGGUCAGCCUGCGUCAACAACUAUGGCCCACCAGGGUCAGGGCUGGGUGCCCUUGGUGCCUACUCAUGCCAGCCAAGACAAGAGCACUCUCAUGCUGCCUGUGUCGCCUGGGCUCCCUGUGGCUUGUGGGGCAGCAGCAGGGUUGGGCCCCUCAUCCAGGCAGGCUGAGGAUCAGCAGUGUCAGCUCUGAGCCACCAAGGAUGCUGGCCCAGAAAAGGCAAACACUCCCAAGGAGUCCCUAAUUACAGGGCCAAUGAGCAUGGCUGCUUCGCCGUUACCUGGUGCCAGGCCUGCCUUCUUAUCCCAGGGGGCCUGUGACACUUCUCAGGCAGGGAGGGGCACCUGGCAGGGAGGAGUCGUUCUGGGCAGGAGGCAGCGGAGCAGCGAUCGGACUUGCAGGCAGCAGGGACGCCAUGGGCAACAGCGUGGAGCACCAUGUGCUGUCCCGGGACCCGUCCACUGAGCUGGAGGCCAGGCAGCCCGACUCGGGCAUGUCCUCACCCAACACCACCGUGUCUGUGCACCGGCCCAACGUUGACCUCAGCUCACCCACCAGCACCCUCUCCAACUACGACUCCUGCUCCUCCAGCCACUCCAGCCUCAAGGGCCGGCAGCCUCCUGGUGGGCUUCCGGGUGCAAGGGCUGUAGACAUACAGAGCUACAUGGACAUGCUGAACCCAGAGCUGGGCCUGCCUCCAAGCAAGACGGGGAAGCCUGCACCUCCACCGCCACCCCCUAGCUUCCCUCCACCACCACCACCCCCAGGCAGUCAGCUGCCCCCACCCCCACCAGGCUACCCGGCUCCCAAGCCCCCAUCGUCGGGCCUGCAGGCAGCUGACAUCUACAUGCAGACCAAGAGCAAGCUCCGCCACGUGGAGACCGAGACCCUCAGGAAGGAGCCCGGCUCGCCCGACGGCCCCCACGGGCUGCGCAGGCAGGACUCUGGUCGCAAGCCCCGCUCCUUCAGCAAGCAGCCCACCACGGGGGACUACUACCGCCAGCUGGGCCUCCGCCCCGCCGAGCCCCCGGCCGCGCGCCCGGGCAUGGCGCACAGCGAGGAGACGUCUCUGCUCCCCGGGAACCACGUGCACAACGGCUGCGCUGCGGACCCCAACCCCAAGGCGUCCAGGGAUCUUCCACCGCCACCGCCCGCCCCGCCUCUGCCCGAGGCCCUGAGCUCGCCACCGCCCGCCCCGCCUCUGCCCCUCGAGGGUGCGGGCCCGGGCUGCGGGCAGCGCCGCUCCUCCUCUUCCACCGGCACAGUGAGAGUCCUGAGACACAGGAAGAGCACCAAGUCUUUCAACAUGAUGUCCCCGACGGGUGACAACUCGGAGCUACUGGCUGAGAUCAAGGCAGGCAAGAGCCUGAAGCCCACACCGCAGAGCAAGGGGCUGACUACAGUGUUCUCAGGCAGCGGGCAGCCGGCCUCCCAGCCCGACUCACCGCUGCCACCAGUGUUGCCUGCGCCAUCUCGGGCCCGGAGCCCCACCCCGCCAGCUUCGGGGGCUCAGCCUCUGCUCAACGGCAGCGUGGUGCCGGCACCGCCCGCCACCCCUGCACCGGGCGUGCAGCUGGAUGUGGAGCCCCUCAUCCCCACGCGCGACGAGCAGGGCCGGCCCAUUCCCGAGUGGAAGCGGCAGGUGAUGGUGCGAAAGCUGCAGCUGAAGAUGCAGGAGGAGGAGGAGCAGAGGCGGAAGGAGGAGGAGGAGGAAGCUCGGCUGGCCAGCCUGCCUGCCUGGAGGCGGGACCUCCUUCGGAAGAAGCUGGAAGAGGAAAGGGAGCAGAAGCGAAAAGAGGAGGAGAGACAAAAGCAGGAGGAGAUGCAGCGGGAGAAAGAGCAGUCGGAGAAGCUGCGAACGCUUGGCUACGACGAGACUAAGCUGGCGCCCUGGCAGCGACAGGUCAUCCUGAAGAAGGGGGACAUCCCUAAGUAAGAGCCGCCGGGGCCUCUGACAGCAGCGUGGCCAGCACCGAGAGGUGUGGUGGGGUGUCCCCAGCCCCUGCCCCGCCUGCCGGCCGGUGUGCAAAGGCUGGGAGCCUCACCACCCGCCCCUUCCACGCCGGGACCCGCCCUGAACCCCGCCCGGACCCCCGCCCCGGCCCCUGCAACCCCAGCCCCGGCCCACGCUGAAGCGCAGCGCCAUCUAAGCCUCCGCGGAAAAAGUGCUCAAGCCAUUGACGCAAAAAGAUGCGGCUCAGCUCAUUUGCAUGCCGACAUACGUCCACGCGCCCGGUCGCUGGAUGGCGGGGAGCACAGAGCAGCCCUCGCCCCGCCCCCACCGUGGGUGGUGACUUUUCCUGCGGGGCGGUGGGGGGGGCGCACUCCGGAACCCGCGGCGCUGGCACAUCCUGGGUGGAGGCGGCCCGAGCUCGGGAAGGGGUUUUCCUCCCUUCCCGACCCAGAUCCGUGCCCGACCCCCGCCCCCCCCCCCGCCCCAUUUCUCAUCCCCGCCGAGGGUUUCCUUGCAGUCAUUUGUUUACCGGAAACGAUGCAACCUGCCCGUCUGGGCGGAGUGGCUGAUCCCGGGGUCCCAUCAACUUCCCCGCAGCCCGCGCCCAGACCCUGGCGCCCGGACCCUCUCACUGCCCCGGAGGAGUGGAGGCCGAGGCCCGCACCAUGGCUCCAAAGCCGCCUCCCACCCCGCCCCAGCUCCCCCAUUAAAGCGCUCUCCGCUGCC